GUCUCCGACGCCGCAAGACUGAGUCGGCAGAACAGCUUUGAGCAGGACAGUCUUCCCAGCACGCCUCUGUCCCCGGAGUCGCCCUCUGUGAAGAGACGCUUCUCCACCAUCAGUAAAGCUAGCGCCACUUUGCGGAGACUGGUUGCCGGGCGCAAGAGCGAAUCAGAAGACAUUACCCCUUUGGAAAGAUUCAGGAUUAUGGUAAGGAGGAUCCAGGCUGAAAAGAAGAUGUCCUCCAACGAUCUCAUGCAGAAAGGCCAGAUAGUGACCGACCUGGGCGGCAGAUCACCCCGCCGGACCGUCAGUUUUGGUGAUGUCACGAUGGGUGCCUUGUACAAAAAUAUUGACCGGAAGAAACUAGUUCGUCUCCAUAAAUGGACACAAGAGAUAAACAGAAAGAGACAGCUCCUGAACAGGUUUCGUCGUGCUGUUCGUCUCACGGUGUUCUGCAUGCGACAAGCCCGGACACACAAGGCAGACUCUGUUGAGAAUGAGUUCUCCCCCUUUAUGAAAAUGGACGGCCUGCAAGGAGAGUUUGAGCCAGAUGACCUGCUCUUUGACCCCUCUCAGUUCAAGGCCAACAAGGAAUCCAGAAUCACAGAUGAGUUCGUGCGCAUUAUGAGCAAGCAGGCACACGAGAGAACAGAACAGGAAAUCUAUUACGCUCUGAUUGCAUUGAGAAACAUCCAGUGUUUUGAAGAUUUUCCAGCCAGAAUGCAGAGAAAAAUUGCAGAGUGUGGUUUGUAUGAAAAGUAAGUGUAUUGGACUAUUUACAAGCAAAGACUGUGAAUUUGGAUAGUUUGUUUAAGUAAAGAAAAGCACAUCGACACGAUAAUAGUCGUUUUG